UCUACGAGAAACAUGAGUUUUGUGUUGACUGUCUUUACAAUAAUAGUUUUAGUGGACUUUGCCUCUAGUCAACAAUUUGUUGGUGACGUAUGUACUUUACGAUCAACUAAAUCACCGGGGGUUUGUAAAUUGUUUAAUGACUGUGAAAAAGCACGAGAGGCACUACAACAGAGACGGUUUCCUCAAACAUGUGGAUUUCAAGGAAAACAACCAAUAGUGUGUUGUCCACAAAACCAAACAGUGACGGAAAAUACUCCACCACGUAGAUCACCAGGCGAUAUAAGUAAAAAAAAAUGUCAAGAGUACUCUCGUUACGUAUAUGAGUCACCAGAUGCCGUACAACUAAUUAUUGCAGGUGGUGUGGCAGCUGAUCGAAAAGAAUUUCCACACAUGACCGCAGUUGGAUACGAACCAACUCCUGGAGAUUUGCAAUGGCUCUGUGGUGGAACGAUUUUAAGCAACAAUUUUGUCUUAACAGCUGCACAUUGUUUGACUGAUAUAAAUGCAGGAAAUGCUAUACGGGUAAAACUCGGUGUGAACCAACUCACCGAUCAAAGACAAGAAGUAAGAAUAGCUGACCGGAUAGUUCAUCCUGACUACAGAGCCAAUUCUCACUACCACGAUAUUGGAUUGUUAAAAUUAGAAAAACCAGCGAAAAUGAAUCCAUACGCACGACCUGCGUGCCUUUAUUUAUCACCAAACAUCACAGUUCAAAGUGCCAUAGCAACAGGAUGGGGUCAAACGUCUUGGGUUGGCGAAGGCAGCAACGAUUUGCUUAAAGUCACUCUUAACCUUUUUGAUUGGAACGUUUGCAAAGGGUUCUACAAGAAUCAAAGAAAACUCAGCAGAGGCAUUUUGAAUGAUAUUCAAUUUUGUGCCGGCUCGAUGACAGAAGAAAAAGACACCUGUAAAGGAGAUUCUGGAGGUCCGCUACAAAUUUAUCACACUGGUGACGAAGUAUUAGAAAUGUAUGACAUAAUAGGCAUAACGUCCUUCGGAAAAGGUUGUGCUGGUAGUCCUGGAGUAUAUGUGAGAGUUUCAAAUUAUAUCCAAUGGAUAGAAGACAUUGUAUGGCCAUAGAUUUCUUUUUACCACAAAGGAUGUCACGUGCUAAGUAUACCUGUGCUUAUUUGUUAUUGUGAGGAAUUGCUGUGCAGAUAGUUUUAAAUUUUAUGUAAUAAAAAAUUACACUAAA